AUGUUAAUAAUAACUGAAAAUGAAAAUAUUCUUGAAAGAUUACGAAUAUCUUUAGAUAUUGGUGAUGAUAAAUCAUUAGUUGAACCUGAAAAAUUUGAGGCAGAUGCAGCAGUUUUUAAUUUGAAGAAAAAUUUAUUUAAUUUUUGUAGUACUAAAAUUGGUUAUUUUAUUUUGAUGGGAAAAGACUUUUCAGAACAAUAUCAACAAUUAAUUGUCAAAUGUAUACAUCAAGUAAUUGUUCAGAGUGGAAAAAUUAAAAUACUUAUACUUAAAACAGAAGUUAAUCCUGAAGAUAAUGGUAUUUUAAAAGAUAUAAUUAAUAAAACAAAAGAAUCAUGGUAUUCUCUUUGGAAUUUACAACUUGAAAAGACACUUAAUUUGUCUGAGUCAAUAAGUAAGACAGAAAGAAAAGGAAAACUUGAAAAAUGGUUACAUUUACCGAAUAUUGAUGUGGCAUUGUUGUCUUUUGACGACCCAAAUUUACAUAAAAAUAUAUGUACUUUUUUUAAUAUAAACCCCAUUGGAUAUAUAAAUCAAAUAUACACAGAAUCUUUAAAAGACAUUGAUAUAUCAAAUGAUAAUUUGUUUGAUGGAAAAAAAUGUGAUAUAAAUAAUUCUCAUUUAACUGGACAUGAAUUACCAAAUAAGCCACCAGCUUUAAAUUGGACUCCUUUUCCAAGAUACUCAGAAGUUCAAAUAUCUUUAAAAUAUAAAAUACUUAAGGGCUGUUUAACUGAAGAUAUGUUUAGAUUUAUAAUUUCAUUAGCUGGAAAAUCUUAUAACUGGGAAUAUAAGUAUGAAUGGAUUAAUGGAAUUUUGUUAAGAGAGGAUGUAAUAAAAGUUACUAUUAUACGUAAUGAUAUUGAUGACGACAAAUUUACAUUUUUAGAAAUAGCUGGAAGAGUUGAUAAAGAUGAAUUAGAUGAAGAUUAUCUUAUACCAAUGAAAGCAAUAUGGCCACAUUUAGCUCGUGUUAUUAAAUCAACAUUUACUUAUUUUGAAAAAAAUGAUACAAUACCAUAUAUAAUGAAUUUACUUUUAAUAGGUGAUAUUUUUUUUGAAAAUGAUGAUGCUAAUUUUAAAAUUGAGGCACGUUCUGUUGAUAUGGUUCAAAGUUUUACCUCAAUUGAAAGACUUGGUAAAGUUGCAUUUCGUGCUCAUGAUAGAACAUGGCUUUUAAAUUUGUCACAAGUUUUUCCAGAUAUUCAUCCAAUUUGUGAUACUGAUCUUUGGAAAACAAGACUUAUGGUAUUUUCAAAUGACAAUGACAAAAAAGAUAUGAAAACAAAAAAUGAGCUUCAUAGUCAAAAUUCAUUAAAACAACAAAAAGAUACAAAAAUUUUGGAUGAAUCAAAAUUAAAUAAUCAAAAUUCAACAUUUUUAAACGUUACUUCUCAUAAAAAUCGUGGUCGCAAGGUAUCUUUUGGUGGGAUUUCUUCUUUUCCUAUAGACACAAAUGAUAAUGUUAUUGCAAAUGAUAAAACUAUUGAUAAUAACAAAAAUACUUCCUGUAAUUCAGAGAAAAAUAAAAUUGAUAAAACAAAUGAAAAUAAAUUGAAUGAAUAUAAAAAUAAUUAUUCAAUUCAAAAUUUUGUUGAUGAUAUUUUAUUAAAUGUAAUGAAAAAUGUUAUGGAUGAAAAGAAUGAUUAG